UGUUCGAUUUAUUGAAGUCAAGAUCGGAGCGUGAGUCUUCUCUCCUGAUCCAGUGAGCAAUGGGACGGUUCACGUUCAUGAGUCAUGACCGCUUUGGUGAAAAAGCGACAUAUUCGCCUUAUUUAACCUGCAGAAAAUGAAUGUCUUUGCUAUGGACUGGGCUACUUAAAAAUCAGUUGAAAAUAUUCUUGAAGCCGGCUCAUCUGAAUUUUCUUCAGCGGUGGUCGCAGUCCAUGCAGCUUGAUACCAGCCUGGGGUUUCAUUCACUAAGGAAAUCAUACCGCAGUGUGUGCUACAGAGUAAUUGGCAGAAGCGCUCUUUGCGAGGAAGCUGGGCAUUUGUGUGCUCAAUAGAUGAAAGUAAAUGAAUACAAUAUUUAUGCGUUGUAGUGAGUAGCAUGAGUGCUCCGUGAGUAAAUGAAGAACUGACUCCAUUGACGUGAGUUGAAACAAAUCGUGUGUGAUUUUUAUCCAGUCGUAUUGGCACUACAGCUGAGCGCACUGUGCGAAGAAAAUGUGAAACUGUUUCCCUCCCUUGAGAUGUCGACGGAAAGAAAUCCCUAAAUCGUUGCUGCUUGAAAUGUGGCGAAAUGGUUUUUACGUUAGUGCGGGAUAUUUGACCGGGCUUGGACAUUGCUUCAGUGUUCUGGAUAUCGUGUGGGCGAGGGUGCUUCAUGGAGCUGAUUUCGCAGAGAUUUCUAGAAUCCGUUUCCUACUCUGAAUAAACAUUUCAGAAGGGAUUGAUGUUAGGGGCCGAGGGGAUCCAAUCCAACAUCACCACCUGUUAGGAUACUUAAAACAGCGUGUGUGGUGAUCUGGAUCUCUAUGGUUCUACUCCGGUUCAGGACACCACAGAACCUGUACUGGCAGCACCGCUGCUCAGCCCUGACUCUGUGGCGGCACCUCCCUCACCUCCACCAUCACCUCAACCCCCACCCCAGGACCAGCAGUACACGCAGCCCUACCCCACCCUGCUUCAUGGCUAGACCUCUCCAAACGAAGAGCUGGGGGCCUUCCUACUGAGGGCAGUUUCCCUCACUGCACAGUGGCACAUGGAUUUCAAGACUUCAAAUGAAGAGACAAAGACUGGGAUUUAUUUGCUGCAAGAUGGUAACGAGGAGCCCUUCAAUAUUCGACUGCACUUGGCAAAAGACAUUCUGACCAUCCAAGAGCAAGAUGUCAUCUGUGUGUCUGGAGAACCAUUUUAUUCUUGUGAGAGAACUGUGACCAUCAGAAGACAGACUAUCGGAGGUUUUGGCUUGAGUAUUAAGGGUGGCGCGGAACACAAAAUCCCAGUUGUGAUAUCCAAAAUAUCCAAAGAGCAAAAAGCUGAACUCUCCGGGCUGCUCUUCAUUGGAGACAGCAUCCUGCAGAUAAAUGGAAUUAAUGUUAGAAGCUAUCGCCAUGAGGAAGUGGUGCAAGUUUUGAGAAAUGCCGGAGAGGAAGUGACCCUGACAGUCUCCUUCCUGAAGAAGACGCCAGCUUUUUUGAAGCUGCCGCUCUGUGAAGAUUGCACAUGUAUGUGUAUCUUAGCAACCGCAGGUGUUCUGCAACUGCAGUCCUGGAGAGGUGUCCCCAGCGAUCAGAGCAGUGGAACAUCUUCUCCUCUGUGUGACAGUGGCCUGCACUUAAACUUCCACCCCAAUAACACGGACUCUCUGUCCUGCUCGUCUUGGCCCACUUCCCCAGGGUUACGCUGGGAGAAGAGAUGGGUGGAUCUGCGCCUUAUACCUCUGCUCCACUCCCGCCUGUCACAGCACAUCCCUGGCUCAGAUGUCUGCAGAAAGAAUGCAUUUCAAGUCAUAGCCGUGGAUGGGGUUUGCAGUGGGGUCAUUCAAUGCCCCACGGCUGAAGACUGUCUGGACUGGCUUCAAGCAAUAGCAACAAACAUAUCGGCUCUCACCAAGCACAAUGUAAAGAAGAUUAACCGAAACUUUCCAGUUAAUCAUCAGAUUAUCUACAUGGGCUGGGUGGAUGAGAAGGAGCAGGACUCCGUUCAAGACCGAAUGUACUCACCAAAGUUCCUCGCCUUGAGGGGUUGCUCACUUUUCAAGUUCUCUGCGCCCCCUGUGACAACAUGGGACUGGACCAGAGCAGAGAAACCCUUCACCGUCUAUGAGAUCAUGUGCAAAGUUCUGAAGGACAACGACCUUCUGGACAAGCGGAAACACUGCUUCAGCGUGCAGACGGAGAGUGGGGAGGACAUGUUCUUCAGCGUGGAGCUGGAGAGCGAGCUGCUGACCUGGGAGAAGGCCUUUCAAAUGGCCACCUUCCUGGAAGUGGAGAGAAUCCAGUGUAAAACGUACACUUGCAUCAUGGAGAGCCACCUCAUGGGACUGACCAUAGACUUCAGCAUGGGGUUUGUUUGUUUCGAUGCUGCAUCAAAGGCUGUGCUCUGGAGGUACAAGUUCUCUCAACUGAAAGGAUCGUCCGAUGAUGGGAAGAGCAAGAUCAAAUUUCUGUUCCAAAAUCCGGACUCUAAAGCUAUUGAAGCUAAGGAGCUGGAAUUCUCCAACCUCUUUGCAGUGCUGCACUGCAUUCAUGCGUUUUUCGCCGCCAAAGUCGCUUGCCUGGAUCCAAUGUUUGUGGAGAGUCACGGUACUGCGACUACUGCAGGGGAGCCCACUCUCACCAGUAUCUCCAAUAACACACAGACAUCAAAAAUGAAGUACUCCACCUGACAGACCUUGCUCUCUUUCUUGCCCUGAAAGCACCCAGAUCCCUUCCCCCACCCUCCACCAUGCCUACACCAAGCACCCACAUAUGAAAACUGCACUUAGUCACUAUACUACGGCCUGAAACAGUGGAGGGCUGAACACAUGAAUGAGAGUCUUGCUGCUGCAUACAAGGUCUCACAAUGAACAAGGACAAUCUGAAUCGAACAGUGGAGUUGUUUUAUUGAAAGAACUCUUCUUUGCCGGAACAAAUUUGAUAUUCUCAAGAAGAAUAUCUGUCAACAAAAUGUGGGUCUUGUACAUCUGUAUGUUAACAACCUUGUAGCUAACCGAGGGGCCACAGAAACAGCUGGGCACUGUUAUCGAAUUCUACAUUUCUGAACAGAAAUCUUUGGGUGGAUUUUCAGUGGCCCAUGUACAGUGAACCACAUGUGGAUACACAUAACAUUGCUGUAUUUCCAAGGUGAAAAUAAAACAAACUGAGUGUUUUCUACAGUACAUACAUUUCACAAGAUUUGGUGGCUGCUUAGCACAGGUGACUCAAACAUAUAUACAUUGUUUCCUUAUAUCAUGAGGACAACUUAAGAUUGGUUUGCAUUAAUAAAGUCUAGAUAGAUACACCAGACAUUGUUUGUGUCAAGCAAAAUGGCUAAAUACCUCUGACUAGAGGUAAUGUGAAAAGGGUGGUGUGUUCUUCUCCCUGCAAACAGAAGAUAUAAAAUUAUGGAAUUAAUCCCCUGUCAAUGGCCUUUGUAUGAGCAUUGUCAGUCUCUGCCAGACAUGUAAUUUACUCUCAAUUAAAAUGUUUCCUGUCAAAAGAAAUUGUUUAUCACUAGCUCUUAGUCCCUGUAUUUUAAAUAGAUUCCAUGGUGUGAUGAUGUGUCAGUAUGUUCAGUCCAUUCCCUUUGUAUUGGUGUGGAGCUAUUUCAAACACACCUUUUCAAUUUAUUUGAAAAUACCAUUUCAUUUAUUGACAUAGAAUCACAAGAAUCACUUUCGUUCGUGCAGACAGAAUUAUUUACGUUGGCCUUAACUGAUACGACUUGUGUGAGAAUAAAUCAGAUCUUGUAAAAUGAGAUUCAUAUCAAUUCAAGCAGGAACGCCUGAGUGGUGCAGAGAAACAUCGUCUUUCUGUUGGUGUUUUGGACAGCGAUGAGUGUGUCUGUGAUGAUUCAGCUAGAGGCCGUCAAGAGGUGUUUUUAAUCAAGGCAUUCGGAGCAUCGUAAUCCCUCACAUACUCAACCUGGUCAAGACCCGGAUUAUGGGCCAAAUUCAAAAAGUGGGACAAUAUAAUUAUGUCUGAUGUGAGUGCUGUUGUUAAUGCAGGACAAAGAAUGAUGUGUGUGUGAGCAGUCUACCUGUAUUUAUGAACCAGAAAGGCACCAUUUGCGACACUUUUCUUUUUGCAGAACGUUAUGUAAAUGAAUAAUCACAUCCAAAAGAACUAAAAGUAAUAAUGACUGGACAAGUACAAGAGGGAUUACCUUUUCGGAUUAUUGCAUUUGUUAAUUUGAUGUGCACUAGAGAAUAAAUAGCUUAUACUUUAUUGUUCUCUUUGCCAUUUACCCCAUGGGCCAAGAUGGCUGAAAAGAUGUGAUAUUGUAAAUUUAUUUUUUUAUAUAAAUCUUGUAAAUAGAUAUAAGAUGUAAAGAUGCUGUUUCCAUAAAAACACAAGGAAUCACAUUGCUAGACGAAAGCACUGUAAUAUGUAGCAUCACGGCCAAAAGAGCUCUUUUAUUUAUACAGUCAAAUCAGUUUGAAUCUUUUUGUCUGACUACCGACAACCUAAUGAUGUUUUGAAAGGUUAAAUGUCAGAGUGAGGUAAGUCACACUUGUGGCCACCAUUCCACCUUAGUGAUGUCUCCAAGGAGAGGGCUGUGGUCUCGCAAACUCUGAAGCUGAAAACAAAAUGGGGUCAGUGAAGAGAGAAUAUGUUAGUCAAGCUGACGUACAGUACUAUACAUUACUGUGUUUGUCUGGGAGAAACUGGUGCAAAGGAGUCUAUGCAAAGGGGGUUAGAGUGGUGUUAUGCUUUAACCAUCUCUUUGACAUGCCUGAGGAAACAGUUGAGACGGUAGCUUUUAUUUUGGGCAAAUGAUGUUGUUUUAUUAACAACUAUGUAGUGGACUAAAUAAAAUACAAUACGUUUACAAUGCGUCCAACCUUUAACAAUGUUUUGUUUUUCUCAACAAUCUAUCCUGU